ACCUCCUAAAGAAUUAGAACUUAUUCCAACUGUAUCUUUAUUUAAAUUUUUAUUUGCUGUGUGGUUCUAUAAAGAACAACAUGAAAUUCAACGCGUUAUUUAUGAUUCAGAUCCAGAGAAAAUUGGUUUAGUGAAAAUUUUCCUUAACUCAAGAUGGUCUGUUUUGAUAACUAAUAUGGAGUAUGCCAAAGCAUUUUUCGCUGAGAACGAUGAAGUUCUUCCAAAGAUAGAGGCACCAGAUGAUCAUCCAAUAAAAAAGUUCUUUGGAAAAGGAAUAUCUUUUGCGAAUGGAGAA